AGUUGCUUGUAGGACUGAGAUACGAGGCUGGGGAAGCUGAAGCUCGCGACAGGGUCUUUUUUCCUUUCUGCAAGGAGCAGCAGCCAGUGCAUUUACAGUGCAACAGUCAGCACAGUGCAAAUACCAAUAGGAAUACAAAGUCCCACUCACUGAUUUAAUUGUAUUGCGUUCCCUCUGUGCAAAGGAACACCCCUCCCUCCAGCCCGAGAGCAGUGCGCCGAAGCGUUUGAACCCUGCCGGAUCUUCAGUUUCUUUCUUCGUCCACCUCUUGGAGAGUAGAGCAUAUUUCUAGUCCGCGCAAAACCUUGGCGACUCAGUACAAUUGACCAGAGAACCUACCGCUGGAUUAUUCUACCCCCACCCCCACCCCGUUCCCUUCCUUGCCCCAAAUAAAACAAAACCAGAGAGGCGGGCGUAGCUCGCUGGAACCGAACCGUGCAAAUGUACAUCGUCCUUUUGUUCCUUUGGAAGUCCGAGCUCGGUUUUUGAUUCUAAAGUAAGGUACCUCGCUCUCUUCGGCGACGAGUCCUCCUGCUUGUAAAGAAUCGUCUUUUUCGGCCCCGCCGAAUGGAAGACAAGGAAGAUCGAAGGCAAGAUCGUUCCUGAUUUAGAUGACUGGAUCAGGGGGGUCCACCCGCUGCACAUCAGCUCCCUUGCCGGUUUGGAGAAACGUUGGUUUGGCUUUUCCUCUUUCGGCUCUAGCAAUUGCCAAAAUGGAUCCUACCUUAGAACAAAUCCUCUGCACGAGAAUGAGGCCAGAUCGCCGGUGCCACGAGAAGCGGAGGCCUCUUGGAGGGAUACGAUUAGCCUCGUGUUGAGGGGAGCCCCUUCCUUCCCCGCUCCUGCGUCCUGCAGAUUUCCCUUUCCCGGGAAGGGGGGCGAAUCUUUGCCCGCUGCAAGACCGUCCCGCAGCCCCUUUCCUGCCGGGGGCUCUGGUCGUGGAAGCGCAGCCCCGGUAUGGAUGGCCGGGAUUUCGCGCCUCCGCCUCCCCUCCUGGCCGAGCGGGGCCAUCGCAACAGCUCCAGCCGCCUCGCUUCCGCCGGGCACAACUCGGUGCAGCACGGAGGACACUUCCAGCCCGGGAAAUACUUCCCCUCGCCCAUCUCCAUGGCUACGCACACAGCAGGAAGUGGCUUGAUGGGAAACUCACCUGCCUCAUCCUUUAUGGGCAGCUUCCUAAGCAGCGGUUUGGGCUCAGCAGCACCUCCACAUCCUACGGGGCCGACAUCAUCCCCAUCUGAACCUGCCUUCCAUGGCCCCCACUCCGGCACCUCUCAGAUUUGGUUCUCACAUUCACAUGAAGCUCCAGGUUACCCGAGGUUCUCUGGGAGCUUAGCAUCCACUUUUCUUCCCAUGAGCCACUUGGAUCACCAUGGAAACAACAAUGUCCUGUAUGGCCAGCAUCGUUUCUAUGAAAGCCAGAAAGACAAUUUCUACCUGCGGAACCUUCCAGCUCAACCCACAUUGCUUUCAACCAAUCACAAUUUCCCCAGCAUUGCCCGGGCAGCACCUGGGCAUCCGAUUGGUUCCUGCAGCCGGGACCGGGAAGCUGGGCAUGGGCAGAAAUGCCACAAAGACUAUGAGCGCUGUGCAGUGUCGAAGGAUAAAGGCGCCAAGGGCGAGAGCAAGGAGAGAGCAGCUGAAGAGGAGGCCAAGGAGCGGCACAAGCUGGUGAUGCCUAUGACACCGGAAAUCAACUGCAAGGAAGGGACUCUCCAGCGGGGCUCUUGUGACAACCGGCCCAAACACUUGCCUUCAUGCCUGCUGAGCUCCAAGGUACUGAACGGUGACUCGGGCAAAGCUGUCCUCCCCAGUUGUGGCGGAGGCCUUCUACCACGCCAUGCUGUUGCCCAGAGCCGUUGCGCCAAGGACCUUGGCCACCAUGAGCCUCCUCAGUCCUACAGCGAGUGCCUGGAGCGAAGACAAAUGUUGCACCACUCAGUCUCCUACACUGUCCCAUCCAGUCUGCCUGCUGGGCCUCCUGCCCUGAGCACGACAACGGGCAGCUUCCCCUGCCUGCAGCUUCAUUCCAGCCCAGAUGGGAUGUGUCCUCUGCAGGACAAGGCCAGCCGGGAGCUACGGAUUAGCGGAGCCACUUUUGUGCCUUCGGUAGGCCACCUGACCGACAAGAGCCGCUCCUUUCAGAUCCCUUCAGAGCCCUGUGAGGGCAAAGAGCGCCCUCACGAGAUGGGCCCGGAGCACCCCCCUACCUACGGGCACCAUCCUUUCUCUCACUUCAAAGCCGAGGGCAAAGUGGAGCGGAGGCUGGAUUGGCCCCAGAAUCCCAACGCCCGCCUGAAAGGGCUGGAGUACCUAAAUAGUACUGGUUCCGACAGCCAUUUUGGCAGCUUGCCCCACCAACCUAAGGGUGGGCAUUUUGAGAUGAUGCCACCUCAAGACUGUGCCCGACCUAACUCCCAAGAGACGCUGUGCAAACUCAGCCAGUCCUGCUGCACUUUAGACAAGGCCCCUAAGGAGCCGUCGGUUUCCAGCACCCAGAAAGUGGCUCGCAUCCGCCACCAGCAGCACUUGCAGACCGAGAUGGAGCAGGCAGGCGCCCAUGCAGAAUCCAAGCGCAAAUCCAUGGAGCUCAGCUCUCUGGGCUACAGUGGGCCCCACUUGCCACCGUGGCCAGUUCAAGGCCAGGGCCCCCCUUUGUCCAUGGCAGAGGAGAGAAAGGGCUCUUACUUGGACCCUUUUAGCAGCAGCCUCCAGCAGGCUGCGCUCAUGACCCAGGGGUCUGUGCUCACGCAGGAGAUGCAAACCCCUCCUGACGAAGUAUCAGCCAUGAAAAACCUGCUCAAGUACAGCAACCAAGCACUUAUCGUGGGCCAGAAGGCUCCUUACGUGGGGCUGGGCAGCCUCAAGGGCAGCUGUGCCCAUCAGGAUGGGGGCAAGCAUUUGGGGACCAAAGGACAGCAGGACCUGGAACGAUCAGACUGUGCCCGCAGCAGAGACCAUGACCUCGGCCACGGAGAUGGUGAGGUGCGUCAACCUCCAGUGGGCAUUGCUGUGGCUGUGGCUCGUCAAAAGGACACAUUAAGUCGGCCAGAGCCAGCCUAUGGAUCUAACUCCAGUCGGCAGAGCCGGACUGCCAUGGGCCUCAAAGCUGGCACAGCGAGGCCUAUGCACGUCAUCGAUCUAGAUGCUGAGGAAGAACGGAACCGGCUGUGUGAGGAGCGUUUGGGGCUUGCUGGGAGAGACCUCCUGCUUCAGGAUAACAAAGAUCUUGUGGAAUUUGCCCGGAUCCACCCCUCAAGCAGUUGUCCUGGAGACCUCACCCCUCAUCUGAUGAUUGCAGGCAGUUCCUCAUUGCAGACCAGCCAACUGGGAGGAGAUCCAGCAGCGCAUACCCAUCCUGCUCAUGCGCAUUGGUUGCCUCGGACACGUAGCCCUUCGCUUUGGAUGGGUGGACACUCCUAUGGCAUCGGUCACCCUGCUUUGCAUCAGAACCUGCCACCUGGUUUCCCACCUUCUAUGCCCAGUGCCAUGCAACCCGUCUUCCCUCUAUCACAGGAGCCACCUGCUCAGCUAGUUAUCCUGCCCUCUGAGCCUCCAGCCCAUGGAGCCCCCCACACCCUGGCUGAGGUGAUGGAUCAGGCAUCUAUCUGGCCAUCCAUGUAUCCUAGCCGGGGCCCUGGUUCUCACCUGCAGCACACAGGACAACUGCCUGUCUAUUCUCGCUCACAGUUCCUGCGUCAGCAAGAACUCUAUGCCUUGCAGCAGCAGCAGCAGCAGCAGCAACAGCAGCGAGCAGCACAGGCAUUGGAAGUGCAGCGGCACACUCACAGCCAGCGGAAGCCCGAAGAGCCCCCACCAGAGCUGGAGUUGCCGGGUCCUGAAAAGCCACUCAAACCAUCUCACAAAGCAGUUGCCUUAAACGCUCCUCCGAAGGGCCUGUCCCCGGCAGCUGCCUGCUCAGUCAAGCUCUCGUCAUGCUGCCAUCCACCCAAAUGCCCUGGUCCCUGCACUUUACCUGUCUGCCCUGCUGUGGUGCCACGCUCCCCUGCUGUAAGCCCAGUGCCCUCCCAGAACUCUACGGGUCCUGAAGCUGAGGAUAAGCAGCCCGAAGGGCGGCCAGCCCAGGACUAUCCUAAAUCACUGGAACCAGAUCUUCCCCCUGGUUAUACCUACCCCGCGGCUGGUCUGGGCUAUGCAUCUCCAUUUCCCCGGGACCCAGCUGAUCCUGACACUAUGCAAACUGUUUCUACAGCAGCUGAGCCUGAACAGUCACGCACCUUUCCACCAGAGCAGGAGCCACGCUGCGAGGCAGAAGCUAGCCCACCCAGUGGGACUGGGGACUCUGAAGUGGAACCCACCCGUGCUCACCCUCCACAUCUACUUGUCCAUCCCCAGAGACCAAGCUCCACUGAAACGAUUAAGGAUACCCCAAAUUGCUCCCUGCUGGUCAGGGAUAGCCCAGAUGACUUGGAUUCUACCCAAAAAGAACAUCAGGAGGAGCCUAGCUCAGAUGCUGCCACGCCAGGACCUUCCCCUGAAGUGAUGAGUAUGGAAGAGAGUCCUGUUGCAGCAUUGGAAGUUGACUGUCAGGAAGCUGAGAGUAACGCUGUCUUACCCGACGCUCCGUCAACACAGACUGAUGUCCAGGUAGCACCAUAUGGCCUGGAUGCCCUUAUUGCUGCCAGCAUCAACUUGGGUGAACUCCCAGACCUGGAAUCCCCAUCUUCUGAAGCUUCCCUUCCCUUGCCCUCUCCCUCCAGCUCAGGGAUUCCUGGCAUUGCCCUGCUCAGUGAGCUGGCUGAACUGGAACUCUGUCAGUGGCACUGUGAUUCAGUGCUGGAUGAAGACUUGGCAGCCUUCAAUUUGCAAAGUCUAGCCACCCUUGCUGCUGCCUGGGCUCUUGUGGAAGCCACUGGCUUCGAGAGCAGCCCACCUGACCUUCUCAGUCUGGCAGAUGCCGCACCGUGUGUGAAUCUGCACCCUCGCACGCGGGUCUCCCGACGGAAAUACAUCUGGACCCCUAAAACCAAGCCUGUUUGCCCUCUGAAAGCAGCUAUUGAGAAUUUGGACACCCAGGAGGUGGAGAUGCGCAUGCGCCUAGCAGAACUGCAGCGGCGCUACAAAGAGAAACAGCGGGAGUUGGCCAAGUUGCAGAGACGGCAUGACCAUGAGCGAGAGGACAGUUCCCGGAGUCCAGCUCGGCGGGGACCGGGGCGACCUCGGAAACGCAAGCACUCCAGCACACUCAGUUCAUUGCGACAGGGUUCGAUGGGCAAGAGUGACAGCAGGAAGGUCAAGUCUGUGAAAACCACCUUAUCUCUACUGUGUACAGAAUUGAGGGCCGAAGGGGAGCCCAAGAAGAAAAAACAGAAAAUAUCAGAAACAACUUACAGUGGCAUCAAAAGUUCCCAGGAGAAGGUUCGUUGCAAGAAGAGCAGUUCGCAAAGCAAGUUGGCUUCCACAGUAGUACACAAGGCCUCUCACCUGAAGCAGAAAGUCAAAAGCAAAGUCUUGCCCACAAGCAUUGGUCCCUUCCGACGGAAAGAGCCUAUCCCUUGCACCCGUAUCCAAAAGAAACUUUCUCGAACCAAGAGCUCCAAAGCAGCAUCUCCCAAAUACCCACAGCAGGAUCUCACUCCCUUGGAGGCCAAGCCUAGCCCAGGAAAUGCUGAAGCAGAUGACAAUCACCACAGAGACUAUGAAAGUGAUGAUGGUGGUGGCGGCGGCGAUGAUAACUUGACGAGUGACAACAGCUCCCCCAUGCAUGUAACGGUGAACCCUCCUGUCAUUGGCCCUUCUCCUUCUUCUGUGGUGAAAAUGGAGGCAAAUCAGAAGGCAAAGAAGAAAAAGGAGAGGCAAGGCUUGCUAGGGCCCUGUCGAAUCCCCAGUCCUGAAGGCCAAGUGAAAAUUAAGAGGCGGCCUGUGAAGCCAGGCUUAGGGAGGUUGGAAAAGGUGCCAGUAUGCCGAGCGGGAUCUUGUGAGACUUCUAGCAAGAAAAAACUAAAGAGUAAGACCAAGGAGUUUCACUGUGGACCUGGAACAUCAAGCACCGCUGAGGGGCUCUUCUCCAGCAGCCAGGCCCGCUCAUUUGCAAAUCGAGACGAUGCAGGAAAACUCAGCAGUGAACGUCUCAAGAAAGCCACACGCAAGAGCAAAGUACUGCAAUCGGCCCUCAGAAGAAAAAAUGGAGCACUGACCCUCUCGCCUCGCAAUGCCAAGGCCAUCCUCAGCAAGGGCAAGAAACUGUCUAAGGUUAAGAACAAGGUGGUCAGCAAGCAGUGCAAAGGCCGGGCAGUCAGUCGACUGAUGGAGAGUUUUGCCAUUGAGGAUCAUUUUGAGUUUGAUGACAAUAGCAGCUUCUCUGAAGAGGAGGAGAUGCCCCCCGCUGGUACAGAGGAAGAUAUGAUCUCUGCCCAGUCUUGUACCAUCCUCAAAGAAGACCUUCAGGAGGGACUGCGUGUGCUUAUCCCCAAAGAGGACAGUCUGCUCUACGCCGGCAGCGUGAAGAGUCUGCAGCCACCUGACAUCUACAGCAUUGUCAUUGAGGGAGAGCGAGGGAAUAGGCAGAGAAUCUAUUCCCAAGAGCAGCUGUUGCAGGAGGCGGUUCUAGAUGUACAGCCACAGUCAAGUCGCAGCCUUCCACCUGGCACACGAGUCUGUGCUUAUUGGAGCCAGAAGUCUCGCUGCCUUUAUCCAGGCAAUGUCAUUCGAGGGUCUUCAAGUGAUGAAGAGGAAGAUGCAGAAUCAGUGUUGGUAGAAUUUGAUGAUGGAGACACUGGCCACAUUGCAUUGUCUAAUAUCCGCAUGUUGCCACCAGACUUCAAAAUCCAGUGCACAGAGCCUUCUCCUGCAUUAUUAGUGUCCACCUCCUGCCGUCGUAACAAAAGGUCUUCCAGUGAUGUUCCCCAUUCCAGCGAAUCAGCACCAAGCCUUUGUGCUGAGGGAUGUGAAGUCUCUGAGUCAACCAAAAGCACAAGUAAGAAGAUGAUCAGCAAGGAGAAGACUGGUAAACCUGACAUGCUGCAUUCAAGUUCAAAAGCCCAGCCCGGAGACCACUUCUUGAGUCGUCGUAGCAACUCUCUGCUGAGUUGGACGACUGUGACCCAGAACAAGCGCAAGGCCUCCAGCAAGGGCACAGCCAUGCGGCAAAACCUCUUCCAGCUCAAUGGGAGCAGCAAAAAGCUGCGGGCCAAAGAAGUGCUCUUCCCUGUGCACAGUGUUGCUGCCCCCAUCUUUGGUAAUGGCUUUGGCUCUGACUCUUUCAGCCGCAUUGCCAACUCGUACUCUGCUUUUGGGAGCUCUGGCCUGAUCCUGCCCUGUGCUCAGAAGCUUUUGCGUGCCAAGAAAGUUGAGCGGUUGGACACUGAGCUGGGCAAGGCUGGGCGCAGGAAAGUUGGUGGCGAGUAUCUGGUCAAGCUGGAUCACGAGGGGGUGACGUCCCCCAAAAACAAAAACUGCAAAGCCUUACUGAUGAGCGACAAGGACUUUGGGUCCCUGUCUGGCCACGGCUACGUUCACCCAGCCUUGGGGAUCAAAGAGAAGAAGAGCACGCUGCCUAUGGGGCUGGCGUUGCGCAAAUACACUGGUCAAACUGAGUAUGGGCUGCACUGUGACAGCGAUUGUCACAGCUCUUAUUCAGACAUGGACGAAGACGAGGUGGAUGAUCUGACAGGCAGCGUCCCCUCCCGCUUUCUGACACGGCUUUCAGUCUCCUCCUCGUCUUCUGGAUCGUCCACCUCCUCCAGUUCUGGAUCUGGCUCCACGUCUAGCCUCUGCUCAUCCGACAACGAGGACUCUUCCUACAGCUCUGACGAUGAGGACUCCACGCUCCUUGUACAGACCUGUCUCACCCACCCAGUUCCAGCCUUGCUGGCUCAGUCUGAAGCCCUGCGCUCAAAGAGCAGCACCUUGCAGAGGUGUUUUGGUGCUGGGGCCAAGAGCAAGCUCAGGCGCAAAGAAACUCUGAGCUUCUCUAAAGCCAAAGAGUUCUCCCGCCGGCAACGGCUGCCCUCGGUGGAAAACCGGCCAAAGAUCUCUGCUUUUCUGCCAGCACGCCAGCUCUGGAAAUGGUCUGGGAACCCCACUCAGCGCCGUGGCAUGAAGGGGAAAGCACGGAAGUUGUUCUACAAAGCAAUUGUACGGGGCAAGGAGACUCUGCGCAUUGGCGACUGUGCGGUUUUCCUGUCAGCCGGCCGACCCCAUCUGCCCUACAUUGGCCGCAUUGAAAGCAUGUGGGAGUCCUGGGGCAGCAACAUGGUGGUCAAAGUAAAAUGGUUCUACCAUCCCGAGGAGACGAAGCUGGGCAAGCGACAUAGCGAUGGCAAGAAUGCGCUGUACCAGUCGUGCCAUGAGGAUGAGAAUGAUGUCCAGACCAUCUCUCACAAGUGCCAGGUGGUUGAACGUGAACAUUACGAGCAGCUGACCCGGAGCAAGAAAUACCAGGAUCGGCAAGAUCUCUACUACCUGGCAGGAAGUUACGACCCCACUACAGGACGGCUUGUGACUGCAGAUGGUGUGCCUGUCCUGUGCUGAAACUGUGGGACACAACCACUGCUCUAGGGCCAGAAAAUGGCUAGAGGGGAGGGCAAAAGGGCCAAGGGACAGUGGAAGGGGCCAGUCUCCUUAUACGGUUGGCAGUUGCAUGCAAGGCCCGGAAAUAUGCAAGGUGCCCGGCUUUGCCAUGCCGGGGUUGCAGGCUGAUCCCGGCUCCCCACACGGUUCUGUACAGAGUUGAAUCCAAGCCAUACUUUCCCUAGUACCUCUGACUGUUUGCCGCAGGCCAAACACAAAUCAGGUUACCGCUCUAUUUAUUUUAUGUGUAAAUAAUGUAUUUCUGAUGGGAAGUUUUAUGGAAAAGGAACAAACCAGACAAAAAGGCAGGUUUGGGGAGGAGGGGAGGGAGGGGAGGGGUGGAUGGGUUUGUGUUCAAUGCACUGUUUUCCCUCCAGCUUAGCUGGGGGGUGCGGACGCCAGGCAAGUGUGUAAAUAUAAAAGGGGGGCACUUGAACGAUGUGGCAGUGGAGUCUCCCAAAGGCUGUGCUGACCUCACAGGACUGUGUACUAUAGACUUGCCUCACUCUUUCUCUCCUACCAUUUUUUUAUUAUUAUUAUUAUUAUUGUUAUUAUUAUUAAUUAUUGUUAUUCUAAUGAUAAAUAUUCUGACAAUGUCUGCGGAUGUUAAUAUGCUCCUGUUAAAGAGAAGAUUAUAUAUAUUAUUAUAAAAUCA